CUCCCUCGUCAGUACGCUCUCAGUAGCUCGCGGCAACGGACGGAGUUUCGCGGGCUAGUUGACGCAGGGCUGACGCACCACCAAAGUUUGUACCCUUAGGUUUUGUUUGUGUGCGUGAAGCAACAGUCGCGAUCGUUCGAUAGAAAGGGUAGACGGGUUUUGUUGUUUACACGCAUUUCGCGGCCACAGACACAAUAGACACUACCUGCGGAUCGAUCGCCUAGCGCGCACGCACACCCAUACACAUGCAUCGCGUGCACGCGUCAAGGUGUUUGUGUGAAGCAAAACAGUCAUCUGGGAAAGCCCCGAAAGCACGUAAUUGGCACGGUGGCUAACCGCGUUGGGGAAAGGCACACGCAGAACAAAAACAAGUCGAGGCCUAUUCGCGCGUUGAGCAGAGGCAGACCGGACCACGGGAACGCAUUACGUCGUGCGAAGUAGUACGGCGACACCACCACGCAGCCACCGGACAGGAUCAGGGAGAAACAAUAUACGCUCAACAUCAACUCUACCAUCCACCCCGCCAUCCUCCUCGAUGGGUUCCGUCUGGGUGUGCUGUCUGAGCCUGAUGGUCUUACUGACGGCACAAGCCAGCGGCAAUGACUGCACCGUGGAAAAGCACUCUGACUUGGUAUCGAAAGCGAAAUGUCCAGGAUUCAACGUUCAACUUACACUGCACACAAACCCUCGCCAGCUGGAGGUGACCUGUUCCGACAAACCCGACUUUCAACUGCUUGAAAACAUCCAAAACCUACCCCGCUUCAAGUUUGAAGAGCUGGCUUAUCAAAACUGCCCACUCCCGGUAGGCAAUCAGUCGCUCGUAGAACUGCUCUCGGUCUUUCUCGAUCGCACCCAACUUUCCUCGAUCCGCAGGCUUUUCUUCGUCGACAAUGCGAAACUUUCGGACCAGGUCACGCUCGAUCCGCAACUAUUUGCCGAUCUGCCCAAACUGCAGGUGCUGUCGAUGAAAAAUUCCUCCCGCAUGCCGCUCGACAAUCCAGAACUGUUCAAGUACUUGCAGAGCCUAACGUGGAUCGAUCUGCGAGAAGGCGAUGGUGGCAGUCGCAACUCAAAAGUGUUGCUACACACACUGACUCAGUUGACCACGCUCGAGUUGACGGAAAACGAGCUCACCACACUACCAACUGAGCUGAUCACCGAUUUGCCCAGCCUCGGAUCACUAACGUUGUACCAUAAUAAGUUGGAGCGUAUCGAACAGUUUGCUGACCUCCCGAAUCUCACUUCACUUGAUCUAACGUAUAACGAGCUGGAUACCCUGCAAGAGGACGUGUUCGAUAAGCUGCCGAACCUUACACACCUGUUCCUUAAUUCGAACAAGCUCACAAGCCUACCUUCCGGGCUGCUCAAGCGUAACACGAAGCUUACGGUGUUUCGGGCAGACAAUCAGCAUGGCUCUGGACUUGUACUGGGAGAUGAACUGUUCGCAGGACUAACGAUGCUUGAGGACGUCUCUGUAUCAAACUGUAAAUUGACAACACUGCCGGAAGGACUCUUUACCGCGGCUAGCAAGUUAACCAAACUCGACCUCAGCGACAACAAGCUUCAAAGCCUCCCGGAAAAUUUAUUGCGUCAUUCGUCCAUCUUGAAGGAGCUCUAUUUACAGCACAACGAGUUAAUCAACAUGUUGCCAGACACCCUGCUGCAGAGUACCAAUAAGCUACGCAUUCUCAACCUUGGUCAUAACAAACUAACAACAUUGAGCAAAUAUCUACUGGAUUCUAAACACUCUUUGGAAGAGCUGCAUCUUGAAUAUAACCAGCUCUAUAUGAUCGAUAGGGAUGCGUUCAUGUCUCAGGCACAGUCACUAAAAAUGCUCAAUCUUAGCCACAACCAAGUGGCACUGCAUGAAAAUGGUACAGAUGUAUUUUACCUCGACGGUAAAACAUAUUACAUAUCCCGGACACCGUUCCACACCCUGGAUCGAUUGACUGACCUGGACCUUUCGUACAACGCCAUCAUCAAAAUAUUUGGAGACUUUAAAGGCUUCAUGGGAAACCUUCAAUCUCUUGACCUGUCGCAUAACUCAAUCUUGAACAUUAGCGAUACAAAUUUUUCAUUUCUGUCACCUAAAAUUGAAAAGGUCAAUUUGGAAUCAAACAAGAUUAGCAUGUUCACUUUCAAUGACAGUAAAAAAUCUACCUUCAGUAAUAGAUCUAUAAAUACUCCAAGACAAAUCCUUCUUGCAGAUAAUUCACUCAACUGUGACUGUAUUUCCUCGUCGCUAGUAACUUAUCUUCAAGAUCAAUUGAAUGCCGGUAAAUUCGUCCCGAUAAAGGGACUUCAUUGCGCUCAGCCUCCCGAGCUGCUAGGACGUAAACCGCAAGACCUGUCCCUCGAGGAUCUGCUAUGUAAAAUUGAUGUAUCCUCUGGAUUCUGUCCGACCGAGUGCAAAUGCUACAAACGAGCCGUAGAUCAGGGUGCUAUUGUAAACUGCACCGCUGCUAAUCUAACCCGAGUGCCUGUUAUCAAAAGCCCCUCGAUCAUCGGCCGAAAUAUGAUCGAGCUGUAUCUGGAGCAGAAUAUUAUAAAGGAGCUAUCCAACGUGGGUGAAGGGUGGAAUACCAUUCGCCGACUUAACAUAGCAAACAACAGCUUCACCACCCUGCCUGGAGAUAGUUUGCCCGAACAGCUCGAGCUUCUCGAUGUCUCUGGCAAUCAAUUGACCGAGGUCGACGCAGCCUUCAUACUCAAGCUGAAUCAUACCGCUCUCCGAAACAUCAGCCUGUCAGCGAAUCCUUGGGAUUGCCACUGUGAAAAUCCACUGCUUGCGUUCGCCGUCGAUAACGCAGCACGCAUUGCUGGCUACUCUACCCUCCAGUGCUCCGACGGUCAACCGAUCAACUCGGCUACACUAAAUGAUCUGUGUGCUUGGCCGACAACGCUUAAAUUUUAUAUCAGCGCGGCAGUUUCACUGGUACUUGCUGCCUGCUUACUCGCUAUCUGGUUGUACAUGAAAUACAGCCUGGAGAUCAAAGUGUGGCUCUUCAAGCAUAAUUUGCUACAGUGGUUGGUCACGGAGGAGCAAAUCGAUAUGGAUAAGCGAUACGAUGCAUUUAUUUCGUACUCGCACAAGGAUGAGGAGUUCGUCACAGACCAGCUGUUACCGAGGCUUGAGAGCGAAGAGCUCAACUUCAAAAUCUGCUGGCACGUGCGUGACUUUAUGCCGGGCGAGAUGAUUGCCACCCAGAUAACGAAAGCGGUCGAGGAUUCACGACGCACCAUUAUCAUCCUCUCGCUCAACUACCUCGAGUCUGUGUGGGGUCAGAUGGAGUUUAACACUGCGUACUUACAGUCGUUGGAGGACAAGCGCAACCGCGUCAUUCCCAUCAUCUACCAGGAUAUUGGCGAUAUCGAUCAGCUCGAUCCGGAGCUCCGGGCAUACCUCAAAACCAACACGUACGUCCGCUGGGACGAUCCGUGGUUCUGGGACAAGCUGCACUACGCCAUGCCCCACAAGCGCCGGCCGAAGGGUGUGCAGGCAACCGACAACAUGCGCAUGGCGUCCGUGGACAAACUAAAUCUACUGAAAGCACCGGCCAUCAUGACACCGGCGUCAUCCGAAACCACACCGCCUGUCGAACAUGCCGAAAAGGGCAUUGCGCACGACGGUCCACUAGGUUGCUAUGGUGACCCUUCUAAACCUUCUACGAUGCCGCCAUUCAUCAUCAGCAAUGGCAUGUCCAACUAGUGCUUACCUUAGCCUAUUUUUAAGAGUGUUGCGUCCAAUCAACAAAAGAACAUUACUUUUGUGCAGCUAAUUUACGGCAUCUUUACCUCUUACAACUUGACUAGCAUACAGCAAAAUGAUAUUGGACGGAGACAAAAUCUCAUUAUGAAAUGUGGAGGACUAUUGAAAUAUUUUUUGUUUUGUAAAUAGGUGCUAUAACUCACAACCCUGUUGGCAUCUAAAAACUAGUGAUAACUUUUUUUUUACUUAAUCUUUAUACUUUUUUUAGUAAUAAAAGAAAUCCCAAGAGACGGAAUUGUCUCGAUAAGUAAGGAAACCGGAAAAAUGUAUAUCCUAAAAGAUGAGAUUUGUUGUAAAGUUGAAGAAUUUGUUUUCCAGUGAAACAUUGGCAAUAUCGGUUAGUUUCGAGUAUGGAAAACGUUGUUUUGUAAUAAUAAUGUGUACAAUAAAAAUAUAAGAAUAUACAAUUUUGCCCCAUUAAAAAAA